GAGGAGAAGAAGAAGAAGAAGAGAAGAGGCAAAGGCAAACCAAAAAAAAAAAAAGUGUCCCUCUUUUCAGCUUAUUUUCGAUUUUGGAUCUGAAACUCAUUUAAUUUCAGCUUAUUUUCCUUAAUUAAAAUUAAUUCGCCACUAAUUGUUAUUAUUAUUGUGUUGAUUAUUAUUUUAAUUAUUGUUUGGGGGAAUAAUCGGUGGUUGAAGUGAAGUUGUUAUUUUGUGUGUGGAACUUUUGGUGCGAUCCAAUGGGUGAAGAUGAGGGUAGUGAUUGCCCUCCACAAAACGCACCAUUGGAUGCCGUUUCAACUGCAACGCCGAAGAAGCUUGCUAGGCAGCUCGAUUUCAACGCUUUUCCCGGUGGGAUUCCGGUUACUUCACCUUUGCCGGAGCAGACGCAACCACCACUGACGACGACACUGCCAUCUCUACCUUCAGCUAAAUUUGUGAAACCAGAAUCUCCAAAAUCAAAAACAAGACCAAACUUUGAGACAAAAGAUGUUACUCCAAAGAAGCAAAAGCAGUGCAAUUGUAAACAUUCAAAAUGCUUAAAGCUAUAUUGUGAAUGUUUUGCGUCGGGAAUAUAUUGUGAUGGUUGCAACUGUGUAAAUUGUUUUAACAAUGUUGACAAUGAAGCGGCUAGACGAGAAGCUGUUGAAGCAACUUUAGAACGCAACCCAAAUGCAUUUAGACCAAAAAUUGCGAGCAGCCCUCAUGGAACACGGGAUAGCAAGGAGGAGGCUGGGGAAGUUUUAAUAUUAGGAAAGCACAACAAGGGGUGCCAUUGUAAAAAAUCUGGGUGCCUCAAGAAGUACUGCGAAUGUUUCCAAGCCAACAUUCUUUGUUCUGAAAAUUGUAAAUGCAUGGAUUGCAAAAACUUUGAAGGAAGUGAUGAGCGACAGGCUUUGUUCCAUGGAGAUCAAAACAACAAUAUGGCAUAUAUUCAGCAGGCAGCCAAUGCUGCCAUAACUGGAGCUAUUGGUUCCUCUGGUUAUUCAUCUCCGCCAGUGUCGAGAAAAAGAAAAGGUCCGGAACUCUGGCCAUCCAUUAAGGAUCCAUCUGUUGGCAAGCUGGCACAACAGGCAAAUCUUGUCAGAAGUCCUGCAGCACCCUCCUCAUCCUUGUCUCCUAUCCCAGGUGCUCGUGUUGGACCUUCAACGUUAGGCCCUUCAAAAUUUAUGUACAGGUCUCUUUUAGCAGACAUCAUACAACCACAGCACCUGAUGGAGCUUUGCACUGUUCUGGUGCUAGCAUCUGGACAAGCCACUAAAACACUUGCAGACCAGAAGAAUUUAAUGGAUAAGCACACAGAAGAUCAGACAGAAACCUCUCUUGCUUCUUCAAAUCAAGCGCAAUUACCAAAUCAAAUGGAAGCUGAUGUUGAGAAAGCUACGGCUGAUGAUUGUUCGAGUGCAAACCAAACUGAUAAAACCAGUCCUGAAAAUUCCAGUUCAGAUGGUGGUGACGUCCCAAAAGGGAGGCCAAUGUCUCCUGGGACUUUAGCAUUGAUGUGUGAUGAGCAAGAUACAAUGUUCAUGACUUCUGCCCCCUCUAUUGGGUCAAUGGGCCAUGCUUGCAACACAUCUUCACAAUUGCCUUAUGGACGAGGAGCAACAGAGGUCUAUGCAGAGCAAGAAAGGAUUGUGUUGACGAAACUCAGAGAUUUCCUUAAUAGGGUUAUCACUAUGGGAGAAAUAAAUGAAACAAAGUGUUCUUCAUUAGCCAGAAGUGAGUUAGAGAUUCAAAAGGACCCAAUCAUCAAUAGCACCGAGAAUGCCAGUACUGAGGCAGUGCAUCAGCAGGGGCUGGGAGCCACUAGUAAUGGCAUUGCUAAAGCUGUUGCCAACACCACCAACACCAUCACUUCAACAUCUUUGGUCCCUUGUAGUUUUGUUCCUGAAAAUGGGGAAACUAAGCCAAAGGUCGAAAAGUAGAUACAAAAGGAGUCUAACUUAAGAGCGGAGAUACCAUUUGAAAAAAAAAAAUAGAAAGGUGUUUUUUUGGCAGGAAAAAAUUAGAAGAACGUUGUGAGGAUAUGUUGUCUGUAAUGUAAAAGCAUUGUCAUUCUUCAUCUUCUGGCUUUCCUGCAAUUCAAGCCUACAGAACCACUAGUCCAACUAAGAUCCAUUUUCUUUUAUCAAUUUUGUUGUUAGUUCAUAUAUAUCUGAAUUAAUUAUUCAGCUUCGACAUAGCCUGUAAAUUGCAGAACUGUAAUUUCAUAUAAAAAACAAUGUAACCUAAUUUCCCUUUCUAGGGCUUUUUUUUUUUUUUUUUUUUUUUUUUUUUUUUUUUUUUUCUUUUUUUUUUUUAUCUUUCCAUUUCUUUUGCCUAUUAUUGUAAUAAUUCCGUAGUUUGAUCCCGAGCGCAUUAUAAAUUAUAGUUCCAUUUUUUGGUCCAACUUAUGUACUAUGAUUUAGCAACAUUUUCAUAAUGAGAUUGGAAAAUCAGUA